UCAACGAAAAUUUUUUUCCUUUUUAUUUUGAGUUUAGAAAAGAGAGUGAGCUUUAGUCAUAAAGCUCGCACAAAAAGUGUAUGUAAUGUUCGUUUUCUGUGAGUUUCUUGUAUUAUGGAAACAAUUCACUCUGUAAGAAUUGAACAUGGUACUUCUACAAACAACGGUAUGGCUUAUUCACAACGUUCUCAGCCAAUUCACAGAAUUUUCUCGAAAGUGAACAAGUACAAUGAUGGUACAGAGAUGCAAAACAAUUAUCAAGUUAAAAGGCCGCCGCAAUCAGGUGGAGACAAUGGACCUCCACCCCAUAAGCAGGCCCGUACAGCCUUGUCACCUCCAACGUCAAGGGCACCACCAGCAGCUGGCUAUGUCCCAUCAAUCAGCCCAUAUGUCCCACCAACUCAUCACAGUCCCCGUGAUACAUUGCUCGGAUAUUCAAUUUAUCCAACCCGAGGUGAUCAACCCAGUAUCUACGCCCGUGCUUCCCCAGCCCAACAACCACCAAUUGAAUACCUCCAACAACAACAAAGAACGUCUGCAGCAAAUAUGCGAGCACCACCCCAACAGCAAACCCAACAGCCACCACCUCAACAACAACCUCCACCUGAUCAACAACCACAUGUUGUUCGAACGUUGCCACCACCGUCCUCACAGGACCCACACAGACAACAAGAGCAACAUGGAGUCGUUAGUCGAGGUGGUGUCGCCCAAGGUAUGCAACAAAGUCCUGUUGGAGUCGUACAAUCUCAACCACCUGAGCACUUACGUGGCGGCGUUACAGCGACCGAACAUUUACGAUUACAACCGCAACAAAGUGACCACAUGCGAGACCAUAACGUUGCAAGAAACGUCGUCUCGGAGCAUAUUCGAAGUAGCGUGGAACAACAGCAUAAUGUCGCUGCGGUCAGUCAUAGAUUAUCACAAGAACAUGUACGAAACAGUCAAGAGGUGGUCCGAAUCGAUGGCAUUACACGAGAACAGUUAUCACAGUCACAGCUAAGACCUAGAAUAUCGUUACUAUCAUCUUCGACUGAUUAUAUAACUGCCCAAAAUAUGGCAUUACGUCGUGAUAUGUACCGUCAAGAACCUGUUGGUUUAAUGGCUGCACCCACUGCAAAUAUUGUAUCAGUUGGACCUGCUGGACAUGUUGGUCCAGUACCGACUACAUGGGCGGGCACGCCAGCAUAUAAGAAAAUGCGUUUAGGUGAACAGAAACCAGAUUUACAGCCGUUACGAAUUGAUACUCGAGAACAAACGGGAACGUAUAAUCCACAAGUAGAGGCAAUAUCGCCAACACCAAACGAUCAUGGGCAAGAUGAUUUAGUAUUUCGUUCCACAAAGGAUGACUUGCUUCAACAAAUUAGUCGUGUCGAUCGUGAAAUUGCAAAAGUUGAAUCCUCCAUACACAAUUUAAAAAAGAAACAACAUGAAUUAGAGGAAGCGGCAUCAAAACCGGCUGGUAAACAAGAAGUAGAAGAAGUUUUACAACCAAAACAUCAAAGUUUAGCACAAAAAAUUUAUGCAGAGAAUCGACGAAAAGCGCAAACGGCACACAGUUUAUUAGAUAAUUUAGGUAGUAAAAUUGAUUGGCCCUUAUAUAAUCAACCAUCCGAUACAACUGUGUAUAGUGAUAACAAACGGAAACAUCAAACGUUUAAACCACGCUUAUUGGAGUACUUUAAGAAACGGCAUACAGAGAAGGAGCAACGUGAAACGUAUCUAACACAAACCUAUAGUAAAUUAAUGCAAGAAUGGCUGAAGAAAGUCGAUAAAGUUGAAAGUUCACAAAAACGCAAGGCAAAAGAAGCUAAAAAUCGUGAAUUCUUUGAAAAAGUAUUCCCCGAAUUGCGUAAACAACGUGAGGAUAAAGAACGAUUUAAUCGUGUUGGUGCUCGUAUUAAAUCCGAGGCAGAUCUUGAAGAGAUUAUGGACGGUUUACAAGAACAAGAAUUAGAAGACAAGAAAAUGCGCAGCUAUGCAGUGAUACCCCCAAUUUUAUUAGAUGCACGUCAACGUAAAUUAUGUUAUUCAAAUAACAACGGACACAUAUUAGAUAUGGAAACGGAGUACAAGGAACGUGCCCUAAUUAAUGUAUGGACAAAUUCCGAGAAGGAAAUAUUUAAAGAAAAAUAUUUACAACAUCCGAAAAAUUUCGGUUUAAUUGCAUCAUUUUUAGAUAGAAAAUCGGUGCAAGAUUGUGUACAACAUUAUUACCUCAGUAAGAAAACUGAAAAUUAUAAACAAUUAUUACGAAAGUCUCGGCAACGGACACGAUCAUCACGGAAUAAUCCGCAAAAGGUAAAUAACGCUGCAAAUAAUUCAUUAGGUGAUAUUGCAUUGUCAACGGGCGUCACGACUCGUUUACAGCGUGAACAACAACAGAAAAUUGUUGCGUCAACCCCAGUUACUAGUGCUCCAUCAUCAACGUCUAGUAGUUCAAUUAUGACGAAUAGUAGUGUACCCUCGUCUUCGUCGGAGACGACAACAAGUGUAGUGAAUACGUCAACGGCUAGUACGACAACCUCUUCGACGACAUCUAGUGUUUCAACAACAGUGACGAGUUCUACGAGCUCGUCAACACCUGCACCAUCGUGUUCAAGUAUACUACCAUCAACAAAUAGUUUAACAACAGUGACUUGUAAUAUUUCUAGUAACAGUAACAGUAGUGUUACGACCACAUCUGGUACGACAACACAACCAGUGCCAGUUAGUGCAACAACUACGACAAGUAGUGCUGUGACUAGUGAAGACGUUAACAAGAAUAAAACAUUGACUGUAAUAACUACAUCUAGUAGUCCUAGUUUAAAUAACAGUUUAAGUGGUUUAACUACAACAAAUUCAUCUAGCAUUCCUUCUUCUGGUGUCACAACAUCUUCUGGUGUGACAUCUGUUACAUCAUCUCUGUCAACAUUAACAACGUCGUCGUCAGCAUCAGUUAGUGUUGGAUCUAGUAGUAGCAUCAGUGGUGUGCAAAAUAGUAGUGUAACGACGGUGACAUCUAGUGUGACAACACCUGUGGUCAGUAAUGUGUUGUUGUUACCAUCUGUGACGUCAUCAAACAGUACUGUGUUGUCAACAAAUGAUCAACAAAAUGCGACGAAUAGUUCGAGUACUAUCCCGUCUGGUACUGAUAAUAAUGAUAAUCAAGAAAAUAAAAUUUCUAGUGAUAAUACAUCGAAUAAUACAUCAAAUACAACAAUUGUUGAGAAAAAGAAGAAAGAUAGAAGAAAAGACAAAGAACAUCAAAGUGUCGAGACUAGUGAUGAAGAAACUCCAGAUAAUCCAGAAAAAGGUAGCGUGCCACACAAUUGUGUUGUAUGUAAAACCGAACUGGAACAAUACCUUCAAUCACGCCCAUUAUUGGCAUCACAUGCAAGUCAAUAUGGUUUACAUCCCGAUCAAAUUGGACCUGAUGCACGCGUAUGUAACACAUGUCGAUGUAAAUGUGUUCGUACUCGGUACACACACUGUCCAUUACCAACAUGUGGACAUCAUGCACGCGGCCGAGUCAAACGAUUACGAACAAUGCCAUCCAGAUGGAUGGAAUUACCACAAGAUAUAUGGCAAUCGGCUGUACAAGAAUUUCAAAUACCACAAGGUGUAACAAAAUGCUGUUCAGCAUGCUUUAACCGUAUUUCACGACGCUUAGCACCACAUUUACCACCAUCAGGUACAGCUGCUGGAAGUCCUGGAGCUGCAUGGGGCGAAGAAGAACGUACAAAAUUACGUACAUUACUCUCUGAGCAUGGAGCUCAUUGGUCAUUGAUUAGUGAACGACUUGGUCGACCAAUUCACCAAAUUAAAAAUUUCUAUUUAGAUCAACGUAAACGUUUAGGUUUAGAUACAUUAGUCGCUGAAUAUAAUCGUACCCAUCAUGGUGAGGAACGUAAACCAGUGUUAACUGACGAAGAGGAAUCUGGAAGUUCCACAUCAAGUUGUGAAGAAAUCACGGAAAUUAAUUCACGUGAACGCUUAUCGAGUGAUACAACAUCAGCAAAUUCGCCACCUGAAACAUCUGGUAUCAAUCAACCAGAUAUACGUCCGACUAAACCAGAUUAUGAUAGUUCAGCAACUGAAACGGCUGAUGAAGGUCAAGCUGUUGAAGUUGAACAACGACAAAAUUAUUCACAAGCUACUAUAACUGUGGUCAAUGGUCCAGUGAAUCCUGUGCAAGUACGUGGGGCUGAAAAUGCAUCUCCAAUGACUGUCAAAGAUUUAAUGUUGAAUGUUAUUGAAAAACAAUUGAUGAAAAAUCAAGGGGGUAAUAAUCCUCCCGUCAGUGGUGUCAAUGUGAGUGGAAUAACUCCAACAAUUUCUUCAAUACUAAAAAGUGAAACACAAGAUAUAACUUUUGUACGCGAAUUUAAAUCACGACCAACGCAACCAAAUCAACCAACACAAGACAACACAUCGUUGGCAACACUAUCAGUAGUGAAUUCAACGCAUGGUGGUGCUCCUGCACAUCAUAUUGCACCCCAACAAUCUCCUGUACAAGUUGUUCAACAGCAACAAUCAUCGACACAACAGCAACAACCUCAACAGAUCCAAUUACCAACACAUGUGACACAAGUGCCCCAUGUUGGACAAAUUGCAGCUACAAUAACACCAGUUCCACCACCGGGUAGUCAACAUUCAUCGCAACAACAACCACCACCACAACAACAGGAAUUCAUUCGUGGUGGUGAAGGUUUAGUUGUAGUACAAGUUCAACAAGCCCUACGUGAACGUGAACCCGAACCAGUCACACUAGAUUUGAGUAUAAAACGACCCAGAGAUCCAGGCCAAAUCUCCACACCCAAAAUCCAACAACAACAUACAAUGUAUCGUCCACAAUCGAUUGAACAAUAUUACCAUCAUCAAAAAACUCCACCAUCUGUGUAUGUAUCGGCCAUACCACAACAACAUCGUCAAAAGACACCCACUCAACAACAAGUUCAAAAUCAUCAACAAAGUCCAAAACCAGCAAAUCCAAAAUCUGGAUCAAUCACUUUGGGUACACCCGUUCAACAGCAACAGCAACAACAACAAUCGCCUCAGCAACAAACUCAACAACAACGUUACGAUGGUUUGCUACGUCAAAUGACUCCACCACCAAAAAUGGGUUCCAUUACGCAAGGUACACCAAUACAUUUACCUGGCGGUGGUACAGGAAGUGCAGGACAUCAUUUACAGCAACAAGAUAAACGUGCUUACGAAUAUUACGCUAAACGUCAAUCACCUACUGUUCAAGCGAAUUACCAGCCCUCGUCUGCGCAACGGCCACCACAAUCAUAUAGUAUGGAACAACAGUUAAGCUCUCGGCAAAUAAUUAUGAAUGAUUAUAUAACAAGCCAACAAAUGCAUGGAGGUGCAUCGAGACGUAACGAAAAGUCUCAAGAAUCACCACGCGGAACUGGACAGGGUAAUCAAGUUGUAACUAGUGCAGCUGCAGCAGCGUUGUAUUAUGAAAAUCAAUAUAUGCAAAACCGAACACCACCUCCUUCAGGUUCAGCACCACCACCACCUCCACAACGACAAGGUGUUAUACAACGUCACCAUCGACCUUCGCCCCCACCACCCCAACAAUCCCAGCAACAACAACAACGCCGUAAUUAUGCACCGUUAGCAGGACAUGAGGCAUUUAGCUCGUUAGUUGAUGUCGCAGUACGUCAACCACAAUUACCCGUCCCAAAUACCACUCACAAAGACGGUGGAAGCUCCUCUGGAGGAGGCGGUGGGCAUGAAGGUUUGGGUAAAACAAUUGCUGAUCAUACGCAUCGUUAUUCGCAACUAUCAGCGAUGCAUCAACAACAACGGCGUAUGGUUGAAUUAAAUCGACAACAACAUUUAUAUCAGCAACAGCAACAGCACCAGCAGCAGCAGCAGCAACAACACCAGCAGCAACAGCAACAGCAUAAUCAACAACAACAAAAUCAACAUCAUAAUCAACAACAAUCUAAUCAACACCAUCAUCAACAAUCGAAUCAACAUCAUCAACAAUCAAAUCAACAUCAUAACCAACAACAGCACCAUCAGCAAUCAAAUCAACAAUCCGCACAUCAUCAACAAUCGAAUCGUAAUGAACCAUCAACAUUAACUGCUGCAAGCUUGAUUGAUGCAAUCAUAACUCAUCAAAUUAAUCAAUGUGGUGAUUCGAAUACCAUUCCACGUGGUGGGGAUGCCAAUAUGCAACAAUCACGUCCCGGCGAUCGUUUAUUUCAAGGUUUCCACAAUCCUUCGGUGUUAGAAAACAAUAAUGGAAACCAUCAUCACUCACCUGGGGGUGGUCCACCACCUGGUCAACCUAGUGGAGGUAUUAUAAAUGUUGAUUUAGAUUCAGAGAAUUCACCGCAACAAAAACUAACAGUGAAAGAUUUUGCAGAUUCGGUGAUUAAUCGUGAUUUUAAUGCUCCACGAGGUGGAAGUGCGGGCGGUCAAAGCUACUAUCAACACAAACCACCGACGGCAGAUGAGCGGCAAAUAAUUCGAGUGGCACAACAAAAACAGUAUCACGCUUCUCCUCCGCCUCCUCCAAGGUCAACGAGUUACAUUCACUCCCAACCGCAUUCACAGUUAAGUGCGUUUGAUUACAUGAAACAUCGAAUUGUGGAAGUGAUGCGAACUGAAGAUGAUAAACGUGACGAUCCAAAACAAUCCGAACACAAAUCCGCAGUAGGUGGGCAAGCAUCAGCAGAAAGUCCUGGUGAAAUGGUUAUUGAUGAAUCAAAACAUGAAUCAUCAUCGGUAACUCCUACGAAUUUCUCAAAUCAACCACCACCUCAAUUUGCUGCCUACUCGUAUAAUACUCUUGUGGGGCAACAUAACGUUGUCAAUAAGGUGGAUAUAACUACAUCGUCCUCAAACGAGAAUAAUCGACAAGCUGAACCCAAACCAUUAAUGUCCGCUCAAUAUGAGCCAUUAUCUGAUGAAGAUUAAGAAAACUACAUAAAAUACGUCAUCAAAUGUUCAAGAAAAAUUCAUGUGUAAAAAUGGACAAAGUGAGCCAUGUAAAUAUGAAAAGAGAGAGACAUCAAAACAUUAAAAAGAGAUAAUAACCAAUUGUGGAGUGAAAUGCGCUUGAAAACGCUUCUACAAAUUUCACAUUCAAGAAAACAGUUGAAAGAGGGUGAAAAAUUACUAUUUUUUAAGUUAAUUUUCGAAGUGAAACUUCUUUAGUGAUCAUUAAAACUGGUUUGAGAACAAUUAAAAUUUAACUUUGACAUUUUUUUUUUAUUGAAUAUUUAAUAGUUAGUGAUAAAUUGUGAGAAAUAUGACGAAUUUUGAAUUUAAAUUCCCAGAUAUAGCUGUAAAUUAUUCGUAAGUUUAUCUGUUUUUCCAACAUGUUAGUCUCCCAAAUUUCAGCGCCAUCUAAAUAAAUAUUUUUUGUAAAGAAUGUAAAUAAUGACUGUUUAAGGUAUGAUCCAUAAAAAUAACCCGUUUAGUGCUCUGCAAUUUUUCAUUUGGUUUGUAAUCAAAAUAUGAUUGCCUUAAUGAAUCAUAUAUCAUUAAAAAAAUUUGGAGAUAAGAGUAUAAGGAGCGUUUUAAUUAUGUUUUUAGCCUAUGAAUAAUUGUCAUUUUACAUACAAAAUUGAUAAUUGGAAAGUAGUUUUUGGCAUAAAUUGUAUUGGCAAAAUCUUUAAUCCUUCAGAUUGGUCGUCUAUCGUACCACAAUAAUUACUCUUGUGAUAAGAGAAAAUCUCACGCUAUUACUCAAGCGCCAAGAAUGAACUUCAAACUUUGUUUACAAUGUUUUAGGGUACUUAUGUUUACGUGUGAAAAUACAUUAAUUAAUAUGAAAGAAUAGUAUAUUAAAACCUACUUUAUUAAAUGUUCUGGAUAGAUAAUAUCGCUUAUAAAAUAUAAUAAUAAUUAGUUAUCAUAUUCUAAUUAUUUGCCAACUGUCUGUAUAUAAAUUCUAAUACGGCGGUUUGAAACUACAGAGGUAGCUAAAGUAUAACGAAGCCAACCGAAUUGCGUUUUUUUAACCGACUCUACUGAAGUGAUGAUAAAAACUCUCACAGCUGUUGAUAAAUAUUUUUUGCUUUAUAUUUGUGUUUUAAAAAAAAAUUUUAUUCACUAUCCUGUAAAGCCUGAAAUUUGGUGAAAGUAACAAAGUUUUCAAUGGUCAUCCCAUUUAACAAUUUGAAGAAAAAAAAUCAAUUUAAAAUAAGUGUGAGAGAAUCUCUCUGCGUAAUUGUUUUGAAGGGUUAAAACAUCUAUCUAUUUAUUCACGGUGCUAUGAAAAUUAAUCUCUUAUAAAAUCUUUUUUAUGCUCAAUUCCAAGGUUUUAUUAUGAUGAAUGUCUCAUUACAAUGUUUCCUUUAAAUUACAAAUCAAUGAAAAAUUAUUGGGCAUUCAAACAGACAAAAGAAACUCGUUUUGAGUAUCAGUUUUUCAAAGUCCUAUUAUUUAAAUAAAAAAAUUUAAUUUGGGUGCUGCGACUCUGCGAUUCUUUAAAGGAAUGAUUUGAAGUAAUGAAAUGCAUUCCCAUUUUCGGCAAAUCAUCGUCGUAAAUGUCUAAAAAAGUUUCACUUCUAUGAUAUUCCUAGAAAUAUUCACAACCCUCACAUUUUUUUCCAUCAACUAAAGUCACAAUAAAAAUUUUACGAACGGUGUAUCAACACCGUUUCAAUGUUCAUGUAAAUAAUAAAGAAAAAAGAUAAUAAUUUUAUCAUGAUGUGCGCAUGAUCAAUGGACGUUUAUCGUGUUAAAAUAUCACGAUUACAAUGAAAAUUUAUUUAAUCAAGCUUUUCUAACAAGAAAAAUUAUUAAUUUUUGUUUAAUUAUAGACAAUUAUGCGCAUAUUCAUAUUUAAUGCAUUCACGCAGGAUAAAAUCAUCAGUCUUUUGUCAUUUAAAAAUGACAGAUGGUAAUAUAUGUACAUAACCUAUAAAAAAAAAAA